UCAACAGGAAUGCUGAAGCCCAGGGAGGCAGGGGCCUAGAAGAAGCCUUUAGGGCGCAAAGACAGAGGACACGCCCCUGGGCCGGAUGCCAGGGACCAAGCGCUAAGAAGAAGAAACUGACUUGCGUGUGUCUUUUGUGGUGGCUAAUUUUUUUAAGGCGGCCCUAUCACUGAAACAGAACAGCUGCCUACUCCUUUGUCUCAACUACUUAAUCGGUAUGGUCCCCCACCCCAAAAUCUCUGUCUGGCGGAUGAAAUCCUGAGCUGAAGAACCAGAAUGAAGAGUGGAGAAUGCAGUCUCCUCGGGGGAUGCCCAGGCCGCCUGUCCUCAACAGCUCCAGCCCAGAGACCGCACCAGAAGAGGCAGGGACAUCAGGCGGUGUCCCCGGAACUGGGAGGUCCCUGUCAAGGGCAAUUUCCUCGGAAGCACCCUAACCCCUCCGGCCUGGGCGGGGUUCGAUGGUACUCAGAGCGGAGAGAGGACCCGGCGAGGGGGGCGGAUCCUGAGGGCGUGAUGUUUCGCGCUUGGCCCCCAGCGCGAGGAGCCGCUGUUUACGCCGCUCGCGCGCCAGCGUGGACCGGUCCACCUGCCACCCGGAGAGGCACGGUGCCGCGGGUCCAUGGCGUCCCUGGGCGGCGGCUCCCUGGGCCUCCUGCUCUGGCUCCUGCUCCUCCAGCCUCGGCUUGGUGGGGCACAGGGCGGGUCCACAUCGUCCCCACCCUCCUCGGCGCCCACCUCCCCAUCGUCCUCGGGGGGCGGCCGUGAGGGCACCAGUGCAACCGUGUGGGGGGCUGAGGGACAGUCUGUGACCCCGGAGCCUCAAGAGGCUGCCAUACUCUCCCAGCUGUUGGAACUGAUCCCAGGGUGUGGCCACGUCAUUGAGAACACCACGGGAGGAAAGGAGGCCGAAGAGGGGAAGUGGCCUUGGCAGGUGAGCCUGAGGAUGAACCAGAAACACGUGUGCGGAGGCUCCCUCCUCACAUCGCAGUGGGUGCUGACUGCAGGCCACUGUAUUUUAAGCCGUUUCCGCUACAGUGUCAAGAUGGGAGAUCGGAGCGCCUAUAAGGAAAUCACCAGUGUGGUGAUCCCGGUCAAGAACGUCAUCGUCCAUCCUCAACUCUCGGUAGUUGGAGCCAUUCAAAAUGACCUUGCCCUUCUCCAUCUCCUCUACCCUGUGAACUUCACUGUGACCGUCCAGCCUGUAUGUAUCCCUCAGAAGACUUUCCAGGUGGAAGCUGGGACCACGUGCUGGGUGACCGGAUGGGGCAAAAAAGAACAUGGUGGCAACCUCGUUACGGGUGUUCUCCAGGAGGUCGACCAAAACAUUAUCCUCCAUGAAAGGUGUAAUGAGAUGGUUCAGGAAGUCAUGGCAACAAAGAAGAACAGAGUCCUGGAAGGGAUGCUCUGUGGCUAUAAUGGAGCUGGAAAGGAUUCUUGUCAGGGAGACUCUGGGGGUCCUCUGGUCUGUAAAUUUAAGGAAACAUGGGUCCAGGUGGGAGUCGUGAGCUGGGGCAUUGGCUGCGGUCGUGGAAAUAUGCCUGGAGUUUAUACAGAUCUUGCUGUCUAUGCGGAGUGGAUAGCUGGAGUGAUUAAUCAGGCCUCCUUUUUGUAUCCAGUGGUGUUCCUCAUCCCACUUCUGUGCCUGGUGCUGCCCCUGGGCAUCCUGGUGGCCCUGUGAUCACCCCGGCCCACCCCCCUCCUAUUUCUGAGUCUCACAACGGGCCUCUCCUCCAACCUCCCACUCCUGCUCAGAUGCCCUUUCCUCCAGUUCUGGUUGGCAUCCCCUGAUCCUGUAGAGAGCCACACAGUAGGAACUGGCAGCAAGGCUGGAGCCCCGAAAGCAUCCCAGUCUGAUGCCCCAGUCACCUGCCCCAGUCACAUGCACAACCUUGGCUGUGCCUUUGCCCUCCUGGAAGGAGGGGGUCAGGCAUCCCAGCCUGAGAGCCGGCUCACCUGCCAGGGGGAGCACAGGGCUUCCUUGUCAUCUUGGAGAGCCUCUGCUAGAGAAGACCCCUUAUGAGCAGUGAGACAGCGUGGGACCUGGGUGUGGUCUCAGGCUGUCACCUGACCCUGUGUUGAAGCAGUCAGCUUGCUGAUUGUGCAGAGAGAGAGAGAGAGGGAGGGGGUGUCACCAUGUCUCUGCUGAGGUGUGAGGCCUGGGGUUUCCACAUUGGACUGGGUGUCUGGGGCUGGGAGACGUUUCCCUAGCACCCAGCGCGGAUCCUGCCACACAGGUGCUCCUGGGGCAAUCCUGCAGUGGGCCCCCCUUCCUCAGUCUCUAGUGGUCCCAUCCAGGCUCAGCCCAAGCUAUGUGGAGGCAUUGAGGAGUGUGGAGAUCUCCGAUGUCAACUGAAUAAAUGUUUGGAUUGUCA